CGCGCGGACGGCGCAUGCGCUCCGGCAGUGGCCCGUGCACUGGGCCGAGGGCGGGCUGGCGGCGCUGCAGGAGGCCACCGGGCUGCCCUGCUGGGCCGCCAUCGCCGGCGGGGCCGCCUUGCUGCGCACCGCCGUGACCCUGCCGCUGGCCGCGCAGCAGGGGCGGCUGCUCGCCAAGCUAGCUGGAAAACCUGCAGCCUGAGAUCAAGGAGCUUGCCCAGCGCCUUCGCCAUGAAGUUUCAGUGCGUGGAAAGCAGCUGGGCUGGUCUGAAAAAGUGGCCAGGUCCCACUUCGCCAGGAACAUGCGGAGGAUCGUCACGGAGCUGUACAUCCGGGACAACUGCCACCCCUUCAAAGCCACCCUGCUGCUGUGGGUGCAGGUGCCCAUGUGGGUGUGCGUGUCCCUGGCUCUGCGCAACUGCAGCGUUGGUGCCCUGGGCUCUGCAGUGCAAGAACAGUUUUCCUCAGGAGGAGCACUGUGGUUCACAGACCUCACGGCACCUGAUUCCACGUGGAUUUUGCCAGUGUCCCUGGGGCUGGUGAAUUUGCUGGUGGUGGAGAUCUUUGCUUCCCAAACAAAAAUGCCAGUUUCGCGGAUCCGGAAGAUUGUCAUGAACUUCUUCCGCACGGUGUCCGUGGUGAUGAUCCCUAUUGCUGCCACAGUGCCCUCUUCCAUGGCGCUGUACUGGCUGUCCUCGAGCCUCGUGGGCCUGUCCCACAACCUCCUGCUGCGCUCUCCCGCCUUCCGCCGCCUCUGCCGCAUCCCCCGGACCGCGUCCGACUCGGACACGCCCUACAGGGACAUGGUGGCUGCCGUGGCCACCAGGUACAGCCUGAGGAGACAGCGCCACUGAGCUCCAGGAAGGGCUGCCUUGGGGGUGAAGUGCUGCUGGUUUAGUCACAUGUACUUAUCUGCUGUAUAUUUAUUUUCCAAAUAAAAUGCUGGCUGGCCACGAGGAAGGA